AUGGCGGCAAAAUCAUCUCUUUCAGAGAAGGACCUCUCCUGUAUUUUAUGCUGUGAUAUCUAUGUGGAUCCUGUGCUGCUGUCUUGUCGUCACAGCUUCUGUAAGGACUGCUGGGAGGAGUACCAGCAGACGAAGAAACCUCUCAAAUGUCCUUUGUGCAGGAAACAAUGUCCCAAAGGUUUUCCUCCCCUUAACCUUCAAUUAAAAGUGCUGUGUGACAAUUUUCGUCAGGAGAGAGACAAUUCAGCAGUAAGAUCUGAGACAUUGUGCGGACUGCAUAAAGAGGAACUGAAGCUCUUCUGCCUGGAGGACAAAGAGCCCGUGUGUGUAGUAUGUCGGGAAUCUAAACUGCACAGCAGGCACAGUUUCAGACCACUGGAUGAGGCAGCGUUUGAACACAGGGAAGAGCUUCGGGCUAAACUGAAACCCUUGCAAGAGAAGCUUCAUUUGUUUUUGAAGGCAAAACUGAUUUGUGAUCAGACUGCGCAACACAUUACGAGCCAAGCUGAAAACACAGAGAGACGAAUUAAGGAGGAGUUCGAGAAACUUCACCAGUUUCUAAGAGAUGAGGAAGAAAACAGUUUAUCCGCGCUGAGGACCGAAGUGAGGGUGAAAAGCCAAAUAACAAAGAAGACUGCCAGCAGCAUAAACCAUGAGAUUCUGAAUCUUUCAGAAACAAUCACAUCCACACAUGAGGAAUUAGCAUCUGAUGACAUCUCUUUCCUUAAGAACUAUAAAGCUACAGUGGAAAGCACUGAGUGUAAGCUGAAGGAUCCAGAGAUCCUCUCUGGAGCUCUGAUCGAUAUGGCAAAGCAUCUGGGCAACCUGAAAUUCAGAGUGUGGGAGAAGAUGAAAGAUAUAGUCAAAUACACUCCUGUGAUUUUAGACUCCAACACUGCACACCAACGUCUCACCAUCUCUGAUGAUCUGACCAGCUUUGUAUGUACAGACGAGCCCCAGCAGCUCCCUGAAAACCCAGAGAGAUUUGACCAUUAUCUGUGGGUCCAGGGCUCUGAGGGCUUUCACUCAGGAACGCACUGCUGGGAUGUCGACGUGGAAAACUGCGAACAGUGGGCUCUAGGUGUUGUAACAGGGUCUAUGAAAAAGGGUAAGACUUCCUUCAGUGGUGGCAUAUGGAAAUGCCAUUACGAGAACAUUCUGUAUGGAUCCAGUUCCUCUGGAGGUCCCACCACUGUCCUCAGAGUAAGGGAGAGCCUGAGGAAGAUCAGAGUGCAGCUGGACUUUGAUGAAGGACAAGUCUCAUUUUGGAAUCCCAUCAGUGGCCGCCAUCUACAAACUUUCUUAUACACGUUUAUAGAGCCGGUCUUCCCGUACUUCUGUAAUCGAUGUAAACGUCAUCCACUGAGGAUUUUGCCGAAGGAGACCUCUGUAGUAAUACAGUGGCCUAAGUACAGGACAGAAGAACUAGCUUACCUGACUACAGACUCUUCUGCUUAAUUACAUUCACUCUUGAAACAAGGUUCCUUAGAGGUUCUUGGCUUGGAUAUAUGCUUCUAGAUAAAAAGUUUAAUUUUGAACAUCACCAUGCACCAGCAGGUAGGGAACAAUAAUAUUAACCAGUAAUAUCAUGUUUUACCUCCCACCACCCCCACCCAUCAUUAAGAGAACUAGCCCCAAUACUGUAUUUCACUCAGAAAUACAUUGUGUGGUUGACUUAGCAUAAGCCCCUUUUAAAUUAUAUCAUAGCAUAGAAACUCAACGAACUAAGGACUGCAACACAAAAUAUAGCAAUUUUCCAUUUAUCCAAAAGUGUAAUGUUGAUAAAGGCAGAAAAAAAAGUUCAUAAUGCCCUACAUGAACAGUAGCAUGCAAUAGUUUAAACACCCUUGCUCAAAUGAUGUUUUGCUGUUUUACCAAGUAAAAAUAAAUGUAAACAUCCUCUAUAGGGAACAAAUGUAAAUGACAUUUUUCU